AACUGAUCACAGUGAAGUACAGUGAAGUCUGAGAAACUCAUCAGAUUCAUCUACUGUAUAUCUCCACCAACAGAGCAUCUGAUAUCAGAGCAGAGAGACAUUGACAGUGUUCUCUCAAUGAAGAUGUUGGCCGUGUUGACUCUCGUUCUGCUGGUGUCCAGUAUCAGUGAGGGACGGAUUCUUAGUAAAUGUGAGCUGAAGGGCAAGCUGAAAGUGGUACGGUUUCCAGUGAUUAAAGCCAAAGGAGAAAAAAUUACUGUGGAAGAUCUCAUCGCCAGAUUGGUCUGCAAAGCCAGUGCUUCGGCUUUCAACACCAACUUUGUCAAAACCAUCACAAUCAAUCAUGAGGAGAACAAGUCCACCAUAAGUUCCACCUCAAGCUCCACCACAAGGCCCACCUCAAGCUCCACCUCAAGGCCCAUCUCAAGCUCCACCACAAGGCCCACCUCAAGCUCCACCACAAGGCCCAUCUCAAGCUCCACCACAAAGCCCACCUCAAGAUCCACCUCAAGGCCCAUCUCAAGCUCCACCACAAGCUUUACCUCAAGCUCCACCUCAAGCUCCACCUCAAGGCCCAUCUCAAGCUCCACCACAAAGCCCACCUCAAGAUCCACCUCAAGGCCCAUCUCAAGCUCCACCACAAAGCCCACCUCAAGCUCCACCUCAAGGCCCAUCUCAAGCUCCACCUCAAGGCCCAUCUCAAGCUCCACCUCAAGGCCCAUCUCAAGCUCCACCACAAAGCCCACCUCAAGCUCCACCUCAAGCUCCACCUCAAGGCCCAUCUCAAGCUCCACCUCAAGGCCCAUCUCAAGCUCCACCUCAAGGCCCAUCUCAAGCUCCACCUCAAGGCCCAUCUCAAGCUCCACUACAAGCUUUGCCUCAAGCUCCACCACAAAGCCCACCUCAAGCUCCACCACAAGGCCUACCUCAACCACCGUCUCAUGGAUCAUCUCUAGCUCCACUUCUUGGCCCAACUCAAGCCCCACCUCAAGCCCCACCCCAAGCUCCACCUCAAACAUCAUAAACCCCACCACAAGCCCCAGAUCAAACCUCAUAAACCCCAGCCCAAGCUCCACCUCAAUCAUGACAAGCCCCACUUCAAGCUCCAUUUCAAACUCAUCCUCAAGGUCUAACUCAAGCUCCUCUUCAAGCCCCAGUUCAAAACCCAAUUCAAACUCCUCCCGAAGGUCCACCUCAAAUCCCAAUUCAAACUCCUCCCGAAGGCCCAACUCAAACCCCAAUUCAAACUCCUCCCGAAGGUCCACCUCAAACCCCAAUUCAAACUCCUCCCGAAGGCCCAACUCAAACCCCAAUUCAAACUCCUCCCGAAGGCCCAACUCAAACCCCAAUUCAAACUUUUCUUCAAGGCCCAUCUUAGGCACUGCCUUAGGCAAGUCCCGUAUUGUCCGCCGUCACAUCCCCAAUCGAAAACCCAUGGAACCCAUCCAUGAGAAGAAGGAGAAGUGGCCUGUCGUCUGGCGCCUGUUUGGAGUGUUUCAGCUCAGUGAGCUGUUGGCCUGUGAUUCUGGUAUGAUGCCAUCUCUCAAUGUUUGCAAAAUGAACUGCACUGCUUUGAUUGAUAAUGACAUCACAGAUGACAUUGCCUGUCUGAAGACCCUCAUAAGCAGCGUGAAACCUAAUCCCAAAGACACACCCUCUGGUAUUACUCUUCCACUUAAUAUGUUGGAGACACUGUUUGUGAAGGAGUGUCACUCUGUUGUUCCCUCUCGGUAUUUUGCUGAGUGUGUUUAAAACACUCAACACCCAACAGACAAGACUCAGUAUAGCUUGGUGUGGGACCUGGGUGUAUUUCGACAUCUAAUGACUCCAAACAGACACCAAACAAAGGGCAUUGGUGCAUUAAUAAAUAAACCAUUAUUUACUGAUAUAAAAGUUAGGUGGGAUGAGGUGUUUACUAAAAUGUCUGUCUACUGUAAAUAAAAAUAUCCCUGUUCCUUGUAUCACACACUGUGCCAAUGACCGUGCUUUUAUCAUUAAAAAUGCUGUUAAAGGGAUAGUUCACCCAAAAAUGAAAAUUCUCUCAGAGAAUUUUCAUUUUUGGGUGAACUAUUCCUUUUAAACAACUGGAGUACUCACAGUGUGCUUUUUCUUUUCACUGAGAUGAAUGGAAAUGCUAAUGGAUAUCUUUCUCCAUGUACCCUCCUUGGUGGCGUCCAGUAAUCAUAUUUGAAAUAAAACCAAGUAUUUUGCAGUUUGAUUAAUUUUGUGUAAAAUUGUCUUCAUUUUUGUCAGCCAAGAAAGAGAAGUUAUUUAAAUUACAACUGAAAAAUCAUCAGCUAAAAAUCACAACUGAUAUUACAGUACAUAAUUGUGGUAUGAAAGGUGAAGUGAAGCACAUUGCAUUGUAGGAUACCGUAUUGGGUUUCUGGGUAUUCUAUGCACAAAGAAAAUUUUUAUAUUAUGCACAACAUACAUACUAUUGUCACGGAUCCACCGGGCUCUCGCACUUUCUCUACCUCACUGCCAACACACUCCGCUCACACUCCCCUGAGUGUUGAUCACACGCACCGGCUAAUCAAGGACUGCAUAAGAACUUCGCUCACACCCACAAUCAUGGUCUGCUCUCAUCGUUAGUAUCUUAGAGACUCCAGACCUCUCGUCCAUGUUCUUCCUGUGAUUACAGACUCCCUUGUUUGCUGAUACUUACCUGUUUAUACUUGCAGAGUUUAGUGUUCUCCUCGUCAGAGUCUGGUGUUUUGUAUUCCCAAUUUAUCUUCCCUGUGUUUGGACUCUCCUGUGUUUACGUUCCCUACAAAGUCAAAGGACUUAUGUGAGUUUACCGAUCAUCGCUACAUAACCCUGUCUGGAUCUUACUAACCAACUAUCAUCAUUGCUACUGUUUCUGGAUUGUCUCACCUGUUGUUUACAUCGCUGCUUCAAAUCACCUGUUCAAUAAACCCUGCA